GUGGAGUACGAGGUUGUGCGGAGGAGUGUACCGGAAGGGACCCGCCGGAGGAUUUAGAGAAAGGAAAGGAAGCGGGAGGGCCGGAAACCAUGGCUGCCGUGGUCACUGUUUGCAGUGGUCUAGGGAGGAAGAAGUUGACACACUGGGUCACGUCUGCUGUAGGCCUCACAGAUCCUGGAACUCACAGGGUGCUAUGGAGAAGAGGUUGUUCACAGUACAAACAAGUAACCAGCGAUGAAAACCUGCCUACUACAAUGGAAAACCCUUAUAAGGAACCUCUUAAGAAGUGUAUCUUGUGUGGGAAACGUGUUGAUUAUAAGAAUGUGCAGCUUUUGUCCCAGUUUAUUUCUGCAUAUACCGGCUGUAUUCAUGGGAGGCAUAUAACAGGUCUUUGUGGGAAAAAACAGAAAGAAAUUUCAAAAGCAAUUAAGAGAGCUCAAGUAAUGGAUAUGCUGGUCUGUGAGAAUAAUUUAUACUGCACGUAAUCCCAAGGAGUUAUGUAUCAAGGCAGCAUGAGAAUGAGAAGCAGCAGUUGUGAUCAUGUGACACUUGGUGUGACGUGCUACUCAUACUGCAAGACCUCCCUCAUUUAUCAUUUAUCAAGUUGAGUUUUAGAAAUGUAUGCUCAUCUUGCAGCACACUUAUGGACCAAAGUGCUCGCAGUCCAAGAUCUGACGACAGUUCAGCAUGCUUCAUAGUCUCUGCUGCUGAGAAGAAUGUGUAUUCUGCUGUUGAGCAGAACAUUCCGAAGGCAUCUGUGAAGUCUGGCUCUUCAGGGAUUGGGUUGAAUUCUAUUUCUCUGUUGACUUUUUGUUUAGUUGUCUACUUGUGACUGUGGGGUAUUGAGUCACCCACUACAGCUGUACUGAUGUUUAUCUGA